AUGGCGGACUCACGAACAAUCCACCAACCAAUCCACCCCUCCGUCCGCUCCAAACUCGACCCGGAGUACGUCGCCCUCCACGACUCCAUCAUUCAGUACAUGGAGCCCUCCGAGGCCAAGCCCUGGGACCCGGCCUCGCGGUCCGCGCCGAACCCGCUCGCGCACACCACGCAGAAGCUCUCGCCCGUCGGCAAGCAGUGGGACGAGGAUAUCCCCGGCGAGGAGAUCCAGGUGCGCGUCUUCGUCCCCGAGGGAAAUCAGCCUGAAGGCGGCUGGCCGUGCUUGGUCUGGCUUCACGGCGGCGGGUGGGUGAAUGGUGGGUUGGAUAGCGAGAAUGGGUUCUUGACGCAUGUUUAUGUAAAGUGCGUUGUCGUCACGAUUAACUACCGCCACGCCCCGGAACACGUCUACCCAGCCGCCGUAGACGACUGCCUCACAGGCCUGAAAUGGCUCUACGACCCCUCCAACGCCUCCCGUCUAGGCAUCAACACAUCCCUCGUCACAAUCGGCGGCCUCUCAGCAGGCGGCAACCUCGCCGCAAUCCUAACAAUGAACCUCACUCUCUCCCCCACCCCCAUCUCCCCGCCCCCCGUCUCCCAACUCCUAAUCUGCCCCGUAAUCGACUCAACCGCAACCCCCUCAACAGGCUGGUCCGCAACCCGCCACGUCCCCUGGCUAACGCCCACCCGCAUGGGCUGGUACCAAGACCUCUACUUUUCCCGCGGCGAGCAGGACAAGAAGGAGUGGCGGGCGUCCCCGUGCUUCGCGCCGCGCGAGCUGUUGGCCAAGAGUCCCAGGACGUGGCUCGCUGUCGCGGGGGUGGACUUGUUGACGACGGAGGGGUUGGCGUAUGCUCAGCUGUUGAGGGAGAACGGGGUCGAGGUUGAGAGCGCGGUGUAUGAGGGGGCGACGCAUUCUGUGCUUGUGCUUGCUGGUGUGCACCAGAUUAGCAGGAAACUCGUCCAUGACGCGUGUGCUGUCUUGGCAAAGGGCUUCGGGACCUCGUACGAUCCUGCGGCGGCUCCUAUUCUUUCCCAAGAGGAGUAG